AUGCGUCCAUCUCAAGUCCUCUCUUAUGCCAUUCUGGCUGGCACAAGUAUAGCCCAGGGCGACCUUGGUGCUCUUCUGGCUUCACAACCCGAUCUUAGCACCCUCCUCGAGCUAGUCGGUCUUGUAGAUGGCCUGGCAGAUACACUUUCCGCCGCCUCCAACAUCACGAUCUUCGCGCCUACAAACGAUGCUUUCGCAGCCGUACCACGCGACGUCCCUGAGGGUCAAGCUAUCGAGAACAAGAACGACACCAUUGCCAUCGGAGCUCUGCUCGCUAACCACGUCUUCAAGGGUGUCUACCCAGCCAGUGUCAUUACCAAUAUCCCGACGUUUGCGCAGACCCUCUUGGACAGUUCGUAUGUGAACGCGAUCCAGCCCUUUUCCAACUUCACUGGAGGAGCCUACAAUGAGCUCGUCAAGAACGGAGAAGACGUCUGUGUCAUCUCUGGAGAACAAACUGUUUCCACCGUCACUGAAGCCGAUAUCAUGCUCGGCGAGGGCAUCACAAUCCAUAAAGUCGACACUGUCCUCUCCUUUGGCGCACCCUUCCAACUUUUCACCUACCGCUCGGGCUACUUCGCCAUGAACGCCGCUCUCGAAGCCGCCCAACUCGCCAUCGACUUUGGCCUCUCCGGCCCUGAAGCCACGGGCCUCAACAUCUCCGACUUCACCAUCUUCGUGCCUACCAACGAGGCCUUUGAGUCUAUUGGCUCUGUGCUCGAGUCUGCGGAUCAAGCGACGCUGCAGGAGGUGCUCAAGUACCACAUCAUCCCUAGCGAUGUCAUCUUCUCAACUGCGCUGGGUAACGUUACAGUCAAGAGUCUUCAGGGCGCAGAUUUGGUGUUUACAGUGCUGGACGAUGGAAGUGCGUGGGUUAAUGGAGCGAAGAUUGUUUACGCAAACACUAUCCUCUUCAACGGUGUCGCGCACGUUAUCGACAGUGUCCUAAGCCCUCUUGCCCCUUUCGACCGCGCAUCUCUUGAGCCUUCUGCGCCAGCAUCUGAUCGUGUUGCCUUUGAAGGCGCAACUUCAGUCUCUGAGCUACCCUUCUCUAGCGUAUCUCUGGCUUUCGGAGGUGAUCUCAUGACCUACACUACCACACCUGAGCUCCUAAAGACCGUUGCUGCUGUCGCUACGCCUACUGUAGCUGUCAAUGCUACAACUACAGGCUCGCCUAUGGAGACUUACACUGGAGGUGCGAUGGGCAUGCUACCCGGUGCUGGUAUAGCCGUUGCUGGAGCCAUGGGUAUUGCUGCUGCUCUUGUUUAG